CUGCUCCAUCCAUCCACCUGCCUCUACUCGUCCUCUCCCUCUCGACUGCGCACGAAUCGCAGCUUCACAUGGCGGCGGCGGCGCACAAGGAGGAGGUGAUCGGGAAGCUCAACGUCCGCGUCGUGCGGGCCGCCUGCCUCGUCACCGCCGAUCCGCUCACCGGGACCAGCGACCCCUACGUCGUCCUCUCCUACGGCUCCCAGAAAGUCAACACCAGCGUCCACAAGAAGAAAUCGAAUCCUAUCUGGAAUGAAGUACUGCAGCUCUCAGUCACAAAUCCUACCAUGCCAGUAAAACUUGAAGUUUUUGAUGCGGACAAAUUCACAGCAGAUGACAACAUGGGCGUAGCUGAGUUCAAUUUAACUGACAUCCACGAUGCUGCUAAGCUGGAUCUAAAGCAUGUCACUGACGGGGCCAAGAUCAAGACAAUCUACCCACUUGGGGUGAACUAUCUUGGCGUCGAGAGCCACGUUUCAUGGAGGAACGGCAAGGUAGUCCAGGACAUCAUUUUGAAGCUGGCGAAGGCUAAAACUGGCAUGAUCGUCGUGCUGCAGCUGGAGUGGGUUCACGUCCCAGGUGUUACCCUCUAAGCAGUUUCUGAUGGUUGUGGAUGGAGCUGCGGGUGCAGUUGGUCUCUGAGCGUCACAUUGUAGACUAUGGGUGGAUGUUUUUUUAGUGUUUACAGUGUACUCCUGAUAUGUGUGCUGUUGAUUUGAAGUUUCUGUUGUUAUCUUUGUACCCGUUGUGAAGUAUGUGCGCUAGUGUUUCAUAGUAAGAAUCACCCUGCUGAGUUCACCUGAAGUCAGGUGCGAAUUACAAGGCAUUGGGUGGUCAUUAUGUUGCA